AUUCAGAUAAUGAUUUACAUGACCAAAAAUAUAAAAUUCAAGUAGAAAACUCUAAAACUAUAUUAACAAAUGAAAUAAAUCAAGAAUCUGUUUCAUAUAUUGAAUUGGAAAAAAGAAAAAUAGCUUUAUUAGAAUAUCAAGCCAAACUUAGAAAAGAAUUAGCCAAAGCAGAAACUAUAAAAUUACAAAAUCAGCAACUAAAAAUAAAUUUGGGUUUACCAUUAUAG